AUGCCAUUGUUACGUCGUCUAAUCAUAACAUCCGCGGUCGUUGGCGGGCCGACCUACUACGUCUACUCGACGAUCACGCGUCUUGAGGCCACAUACCCGCGCCUCCAGCCCGAAGCUGCCUCGACCUCUGCCUUUAGGGCUACAUCAGACAACGCCUACCAGCACUCUGGGAGGCACCACACCCCUCACGUCGACAUCUAUGGCGCCAGGGUCCCUGCGAGGGUGCUGCACGAGCAACAUGACUCCUUGACUGGCCGCAGGCUGAGCCCAGAGGAGGCAUGGGCCCGAGUCUUCUUGCAGUCCCCCGUGCUCCAGCUCGAGGGCAAGCUCUUUGGUGGCUUUACCAAGGGCACAGGCGACGUUGGUGAGGAUGGUUUCCACGGGGGCCAACAGCUCCUCAACGGCGGUUUCGAGGUCCUGAGGGCCCCUUCGCAGCCUCCGUCCAUCUUCCGCCCGCUCACCCAUCCCGAGCCCCUCCUUGUCCAGUGGGUGUUUCCAUCCCAUCUCGUGGCAUUCUGCCGCAAGGCGGCCACGGACUGGGGCUACCCAUUCCGGUUCAUGAGCGGCGGCCGCCACGAGUUCAGCGUCGGUGACGCCGACCGCCAGGGGAUGGUCGAGGUGCGAUUCGGCUCUGCUCAUGACUACGAGUGGGUUGACAGCGAGGGCAAGAAUCAGAAGGCCAUCCCAGAAUGGAGUUCAAGGUUGCACCGAGCCUAUGCCAUGUGGUUGCUAGACGAGAGGAUCCAAGCAUUGAAGAGGCAGGCUGAUACAGGAGCGUGA